AUGAUUAUUGAAUUCUGUCAUUUGACCGUAGUUAUUUUACAUGAUAUAUAUGUUAAUUAUGCUAAGCAACUUCUAUGUCAAAGCUAUCUUCCAUGUCUAAUCGAACUUGUCAUUCGUAAUAAUGCAUUGUCAACAAUAAUUGAUCAAAAUAAUCAACAAUCUAGAAAUAAUUGUUCAAAGGUUGAAACACUUCAAAUUGUUGAACCAUGGAUUGAGCCAACAACUGUUCAUUUGAAAUUUUUUCCACGUUUACAUAGAAAAAUUCAUGAUAAAAAUUGA